AUGGCGCCGUCUCCACCGGCUGUCACUGACGGUUCAAAGAGUUGGGCACCGUCCCAUCUCUUCGACAAUGCCAACCCCGAGACUUGGGAAAGAGUCCACUCACACCUGAAAGCACAUGAAUUUCGAGCAGCAAUAGCCUCAGCCUUUGAGUUACCCCAAGGCGACAGCUUCACGUAUCAUGCUACGGCGAGCGUCAAUCUUGCCCAGGCGGAGGCAGCCAUUCGUGCCGGAAGAGCAAACGGCUUACAUGAUUGGUAUGUCGAGCCAGCUGAGGCGCAUACCAAGGAUCAGAACGGGAGGGCAGCAGCGGUUGUUGCAGGUCAACCAGGACUACGGACAGCGGGCUACCCGCCUGCAAGUGAUAUCCAAGCAUAUAUCGCGCUAUUCGACCCGACAAAAGCUGCUGCCAACAGUUUGAAAUCAUUGUCGGCGAAUGCGAAGAAGGGGUCACUCCGGGCUACAAUCGCAGAGUAUCUCCUGAGCAAACGCCAUCUCGACGCUUCAAUGACGGUGCCAAAGUUCAAGCCUGCAGCCACCGCACAGGCCCACGAAAACCCAUCUCUCGACUUUUGGGCCUAUUCCUGCAUGGCCUUGGAGUACGCGGGCCCCAACGCCCACACUGCCCUUGUCAAGACCUCGCACCACGUCUUGCCAGUGUACAUGCACCACUUCGGCUGCGUCGUCCCGUCGUGGGAAUCCCUGCAGAUCAUCUCGAAAUGCGCGGGCGGACGCGGCGUGCUCGACAUGGGCAGCGGCAACGGGUACUGGACGCUGAUGCUCCGUCGGCUCGGCGUCCAGACCGUGGCCGUGGACAGCGGACAGUCGCGCUGGCGGACGACCUGGAUCGCCGACACGGCCGUCACGGACGGCGUGCAGUACCUGCGCAGACGCUCUGGGUGUCCCGACGUCGUGCUGUUGCUGGUCUACCCUAUCGUGGGGGGCGACUUUACCCGGCGGGUCCUCGACGCGUACGCGGGCGAGGUGGUUUGCGUGGCGGGCACGCAGAAUGGCAAUGGAUACACCGGGUUCAAGGAUAUGAUGGUCGACGAGUACAUGAGUCGGGAAAGGCCUGGGUGGCGCAAGGUCGCGCAGGUGCCGUUGCCGAGUUUUGCAGGGAAGGAUGACGCGCUGUUUGUGUUUAAGAAGGACAAGGUGGGCGAGGCCAACGGGUGA